AUGAAGCUUUUUCAAAUUCUUACUCUUGCCACUGCAGCUGCGGCAGCAGGUACCGCGGUUGAGAAUAAGGUGGACUAUGAUGGCUAUCAAGUAUUCCGUCUCAAAGCUCAGACCGACAAUAUUGAGAAAAUCAACGACGUUGUUUCUUCACUGAACCUUCAAACAUGGAAAAAGUCGGCCAAACUUGGCACGGCUGAUGUGGUUGUACCUCCAGAGCAGGUCGACAAUUUCUUGAGAAUAACCAAGGACUUCCAAAGAGAGUUUAUGCACAGUAAUCUUGGAGAAUCAAUUGCAGAAGAGGGACAGACCGAAACAUAUUCCGCAGAGGCUGCCCUUGCACCAAAUGCUACUUGGUUCACCGGAUAUCACGCAUAUGCGGACCACAUACAGUUCCUGAAAGACCUUGUCACUGCACAUCCAUCGAAUGCCGAAAUCGUGACUGCUGGAACUACUGUUCAGGGUAAUGCGAUCACUGGCAUUCAUAUUUAUGGAAGUGCUGGCAAAGGAGUCAAGCCAGCUGUUCUCUUCCACGGUACUGUACAUGCUAGAGAAUGGAUUACAACGUUGGUUGUUGAGUACAUGGCGUACAAUCUUUUAACAAACUAUGCCACCAGUACAGAGAUCAAAGGAUUUGUUGAUAAAUAUGACUACUAUAUCUUCCCAGUUGUGAAUCCUGAUGGCUUUUUAUACACGCAAAGUACCAAUCGUUUGUGGCGCAAAAAUCGUCAGACCCCACCGUCCUCUUCAACUUGUUAUGGUAGAGAUAUCAAUCGUAACUGGGCUUAUAAGUGGUCAACUACUGGUGGAGCUUCCACGGACCCAUGUGCCGAAGAUUACAAAGGCCUCGCUGCAGUUGAUGCUCCAGAAACGAAAGCACUUGCUGCAUACGCCAACACUGUGAAGACAACACAAGGCUUGAAGCUUUUCAUUGAUUUCCACUCGUACUCUCAACUUAUGAUGACUCCAUACGGAUACUCUUGUACUGUACUUGCCGAGAACAACGCCCAGCUCCAAUCACUGGCAGCAGGUUACGUUGCAGCCGUCAAGGCAGUGUAUGGAACCAUGUUCAAAUAUGGCCCAAUCUGUUCCACAAUCUAUCAGGCCACUGGGAGUAGCGUAGACUACGUUGAUGCGACUGUUGGUGCUGAUUUCUCCUUCACCACGGAACUGAGAGAUACCGGAACUUAUGGUUUCGUUUUACCGGCUACCCAAAUCACACCCAGUGCUAUUGAGGCCUAUGCUGGAAUAAAGACAAGCACAGAAGAGUUUGGCAAUGAUGAAGUUAUGAUACAAUGCCCCAUGCUAUCUGCCUUCUCUGCUAGGCAUUUGCGAUAUCAAACUGUUCCGAUUUUUAUCCCCCGAGGGAUUACCAGAGAAUACUCAGAAACUCGCGAACAAAUAUUCAAUGGUUUACCGCCGAGAAGUAUCGAGGCACCUGAAGUGGAAGGCAAUUUCGAAAAUUCGAAUAAUCUUGAUUCCACUCAGUUGACGCACGAAGGGAAGACAACGGAAACCAAUACAGAAAUGGCGAUGCACCGAGUAGCCAAUGAUCCGAGCUCUGUUACGUCAAAUAAGGAGAAGAUAGAGGAGACCAGCAAGACGAUUCAGCAAGCGUCCGAUGCACAUCACGAAAUAUUCGCAAAGUUCUUAGAGCAGGUUGAACAUAACGGUUAUAUUGCGUAUACGGAACCCUCGUCCUACAAUGCUGCAACGCAGGAGAUCCCUUCAGAAACAGCAGAUAUGUUGGAAGGUAUGCCGGAAACAAAACCCAAGUCAACUUCGAUGCCGACGGUUUCCGAAAUCAAGGCCAAUGACGAGGAACAGGCCCAAGGUAUUGCAGACGCUGUACAUCAUAAGGUUCCCCUUGCGGCAGUCGAGCAACAGCCUCUCAAAGAUAUUAGCAACCAUGGCAUACGAGAAACUACCAACACAGGUGCAAUGACUAGUCAAGACAUGGAGGUUCCACAAAGAAUCGAGCAGACCAUCAAUAUUUGCCUACGCCUGGACGACAGAGUCACACAAGAGUUGGAUCGAAUAGUGGCUAAACAUUCUCAAUAUGCUCCAUUCAUGAACAAUGGCCGAGCGAAUGUUACACUUAUAAAGGGACUACCGGCCCAAAAUUGGAGGCAGUACCAAGUCUUCAUGCGAUUUUUGCAAUUUUGGAGGUCUCCUUUCUAUAUGGGUCGGGUGAAACCGUUAAUGAUACGCCCAGGACGUCGUUGGGAAGUUUCUUGGCAAAUACAGGAUACUCCCGAAAUCCAAGCCAUGCGUCAAACUUUCCGUCGGGUAUUGGAGGACGAUCUUCCGCUAUACAACUUCCCCCCUGAUCCCACAUGGGAGGCGAGAGCCGUAGUAACUCGAGGCCUUAGUCAAAAUGAAGCACGAGAAAUUGUGGAUUCAAUCAAUACAGCAUAUCCAGAUGGGCUUGACCUAGGUCUAGUCACGCGGUGUGUUUUAAUUCACACAAUUUUCAGUUAUGGUAAGAUCCACACAACUGUCACCCAAUCACCGGAAUUCCCUUUUAUGGGUAUAAAAUCCAAUCAGUUAUCUCAUAAUACCAAUGAACACACACAUAUCAAGAGCCUUUGGGAUCGAACGAUGUUACAAGUUGAUACCACAUUCUUCAAGGCGAACAAGUCGAACAAGUCGAAUAAGUCGAAUAAGUCGAAUAAGUUAUAUAAGAUAGCACCUAUCAAGAAGAUAUCAGAAGAAGGUCCUUCCGAGGAUAAUCCUUAUGAUACCCAGGAGGAACUACGUAGCCUAUAUCAGGUUGUUGUCCAAGAGAGGGAUGGCUGCAGAGAAUAUAUACGUAGGCUUGAGCAACAAGUGCUGCCUGGAUUCGAUGUAAAUGGCACGAAUCCCGCAGAAAUAUUCGUUUCUCAAAGAGACGCAUAUCUUCAGCGUGGUGACACACUCGAAAGAAAAGCCGUCCUAGCUGAAAAAGCGCACUCUGUUGCAUUUCGUAAAUUGCAUCUAGAAAAAGCCGCAGCGCAAAGUCGAAGCGAAAACCUGGCGCAACAGUUAUUUGGACAAAAUGGAUAUAAGAACCGAUUGGAAAGCACACAUGUUGCACUUGAACUGGCGAAUAAUUCUCAGCCUCCCGAUGUUGUGCAAUUGGGUAGACAACUCGCAGACGUAAAGAAAGAGAGGGAUGGCUACCUAAAGGAGACACGUAGGUUGGCAGUAGUUGCUGAAGAAUCGGAUAUUAAUCGAAGUAUUGCGGUGAAUGAUCUUGAAGAGUUGAAGAAGGAAAAGCUAGAAUGGGGACAUCUGCAGGAUAACUCAAUUGCUUUGCGGAAAGCAUAUGAGGAAAUCGCACGAUUACGCAAGGGAAGUGAGAGAGAUGAUUCUUAUUAUAUGGAGGAAUUAAAUCGACAUAUUUCUCAUCUACGAGACGAAAAUGUGGAAGGGGAACGAGAGAAAAUAAAGUUGGAGGCUCGCAAUGCGGAUUUAUCGCUACAGAUAAGGACGCUGGAGGACAUGUUAGGCGAGUUAGAGGUUCAGCGAUUGUUGCCUGAUUUACAAAUGUCCGAUGUAGGUGAUGAUGGCCGAAGUACCUCACCAAGACCAGAGAUACUCGGAGAUGCUCUUUGGAGGCAGUGGUCAAAUAGGCUAUUGGAUCAUAUUCAUGCUCAGCCCCAGGAAGUCCAAGCCCUCUAUGAUCUAGCAAAAGCGAAUCUGUACCGACCUGGUGGAGCAUUCCCAGAUGCGGACCCCGGGGUCGAAAGUCCACGCCAACAAUUUCCUGGUGUGACUUGGGUCAAAGAAUUGAUCGAACUAGGUUCUGGUCGACCGGACGCUCCACUGGUGGAAGAAGAUGUUUGGAGAGAGUGGGCGGAUCGGUUGCAAGAUUUUGUUGUGACUGUACCGGAUGAGGUACAUGCACUUUACAACUUGGGCGAGAGAGGACACCGGGAGGCUGGCGUACAAUGGAUCCAUGAGCUCGUCGAAAUAGCACGCGAUCGCCCUAUUGCCCCAAAGCGUCCUGCUAACCUAAAGGAAUACCAAGUACGCUUCGCGCUCAAAGACCUUGAAGACAAAACCAAAGAGCUCGAAGCUGUCAACAUGGAAAGAGGACCAGUCCAAAAAGAAUUGCAUGACCUGGGAGUCUCGCAUAGAAUAACUGAACAGGCGCUGGAAUCUUCCUAUAAUAAGAUUGAGGAACUACAACAGGAGAGCGGACAAAUAAUCGGGCGAUUUGAGGAUGAAAUAGAGCAGAUGAACCGGAAAGUCGAAGAAUCGUACCGGCAGCAAAAUAUAUUCAAAAGGCUGUACGAGUCUGGACUCCCACACCAUGACGCGCAAAAUGAGAUUAAACAGUUGAGCAAGACCCUCCGCCAAGUGACCGAGCGGAAUCAUGAACUGGAGCUUUCUCAGCGCGAGAUGAUCAGAGAAGUUGCUGCGACGCAAACACAGGCGGCGGAAGUAGCGGAGGAAAUAGCUACGUUACAGGGGAGAUUAAAUGGAGCGCAUGGGGUCAUCGCUGACUUAGAAAAAGAAGUCGAAAGAUUGAGAGAGCAGAUUGCGGAUAUGCAAGCGGCGGAAGAUGUCAGAGCAGAGAGCAUGAGUGUAUUACCAACAGAAAAACCCGGACAAAGUCCAGCGGAAAACCACAAAAACGAUAAUGAGGAAUCCGAAGAAGAACAAGAGGAUUCCGAGAAGCUUCAAACGGCCAAAGCAGAUCUCUACAAUACUUUGGAAGAAGUCGAAGAACUUAAACUCAAGCUUGGAUUCGCAAAUCGCGCUUUCGCUGACAUGAAGGAAGAACUCGAAAGCAGAAUUGCUAUGAUUGAAAAUAAUGCCAGGGAAGUUGUGCUGGAAAAGGAGCGCGCGGAGGAGAGAUUGAGAUUGGAGAGGUUUAAGAGAGGUAUUGCGGCAGAGGUUAGGAGGUUGGAACGGGAAGGUCAGUUGAGGUUGAUGCAUUCGGGGACUCAGACGGAUGAACCGGCCGCAGUGGAUAUUGUCGUUACCGGGAAAGGAAGAGGAAAAGGUAAAGGUAAAGGUAGAAAAGCCGCUCCCGCAGCGCCAAAAGCCAAAAAGCCAGUCGCGAGGCCAGAAGAACAUGAAGGACAUGAAGAAAGUCCCCUAAUUUCUCCGCUUGAAAGUCCAUUUGAUAGUCCGGAUACUCUGAAGAAGGAUGAUGGGGAAUAUAAGAUUAAGGGGUUUAGCAGAAAUGCCAAGAAUAAAAAAGUGCAGGAUGAUGCUGCUGUGUCGGAUUUGGGGAGUGAGGGGAUGGAGGGGAUGGAGGGGAUUAGAAGGAGUAAGAGGGUAACGAGGAAUAAGAAGCCGGUUUAUAGGGAGGUGUCGCUGAAGGUUCUUUUGGGGAGGAGAAAGAGGGCGGGUGUGGGUGGGGGGAGGAAGAGGCAGAGGGAUAUUGAGGAGGAGGGUGAAGGGGUAAAAGGUGACGAGGGGGGCGAGGAGGGUGAUGGGGGUGAUGGGGGUGAAAAGGAGGAGAGGGAAGAGGUCAAAAGAAGGGGAAGUAAAAUGGUAUAA